AUGGACCGACCCCUUCUCCCCCACUCCGUCCGGAACCCUCGACAGCCAAUGGAGCGCCGUCGAGCAGUGCGCGAGAUGCACCGUCUUUCUAGUCCCUGGGGACCCGCACGCAAAGUAGCCCCUGUCCCGGGGCAGGUUUCGGAAGAGGGUGUUGAAGUCGUUGCUGGGGAGGUCGUUGAAGAAGACGUGGAACUCGGGGACGCGUUUUUUGGUGGACUCGCACUUGGCUUUUAUUGCGGAGAUUAUGUUUUGGGCCGCGAGGAAGGCGUUGGGGCCCACGGAGGAGCCCAAGUCCGCUAUUCGGAUGGUGUGAAAAGAGGAGGUGUCCAUGUGUUCGGUUAUGACCUCGCGAAUUAG